CCCGCGGCCGGGCAAGCUCUGCGCGCAGACACGCUUCCAGACAAUGCUCCAAGGCGCCCGGCGGGGCAGCGGACGGCUAGGCCACCGACGGCGAGGCUGCGGGAGUGCAGCCCCGAGGGAGCUGAUCUGGAACCCAUCCCUGCCUCCUGCAAGACCACCUCAGAGAGCCGGGCCCAAGAUGAACUCGCACCCUAUCAGCUCACAGUGCUCCAGACCGUUCGACUGAACCCCGAGAGCCCAAAAAUGUCUGCGUGCAGUGACUUUGUGGAGCACAUCUGGAAACCUGGAUCUUGCAAGAACUGCUUCUGCUUGCGGAGUGAUCACCAGCUAUCAGCUGGCCGCCCCAAGGCCAGAGCAAGCAGCCUACCCACUGUCACCCGCCUGCCUGCCAGGCCCGAGAACUGCCGCCUGGAAGAUGAAGGUGUGAAUGGCUUGGCCUACUCAAAGCCCACUAUUGCUGUGAAGCCCACCAUGAUGAGUUCUGAGACUUCUGACUUGUGGACUGAGGCCGGCCUGGGUGCUGAAGUCCCAAAGGUCAGCUGGAGACGAGCCCCGGGCAAGCUCCCGCUUCAGAAACAGGAAGAUGGGCCAAUAGUUUACCUGGGCAGCUUCAGAGGAAUGCAGAAGUCUGCGGGCCCCCUUGCCUGCACAGAUGGAAACUCUCGUUGCCCCCCAACCUAUACUAUGGUCGGACUGCACAACCUAGAGCCCCGAGUGGAUCGGAACACUGCCUUCCAACCAGUGAGCUUCCAGGAGGAGAAGGCUGGGAGGCCAGAGCUGCCUUCGGCUCAGGAGAGCUUCCGCCAGAAGCUAGCUGCCUUUGCAGGGAUGACAUCCAGCUGUCCCAAGGGCCCCAGGCCCUGCCCUUCUCCACAGCCCCAGCGGGAGUCUCUGCCCUCAGAGGACGACAGUGACCAAAGGUGCUCGCCCUCAGGAGACAGCGAAGGUGGAGAGUACUGCUCCAUUCUGGACUGUUGUCCAGAACCCAAGGAUGCUGUGCACAGCACCGAGGGCUCUGGCAGGCGGCCAGGGGACUGCUCGCCCACCUGCUGGGAGCAGGGAACGUGUGCGAGACCAACAGAAGAGGAAAAGCGGGUUCUGAGCUUCCCCAGAGAGUGCUGUGGCCAGGGAUCCACAGCCAGCCCACCCCGCCUGGGCCCCAAGAAGCCAUCCCUUAACUCAGAGGCUGCCGGCUCCUCAGACGGCCUGUCCUGCGGCAGUGGCAGCAGCGGCGCCAGCAGCCCCUUUGCUCCCCACCUUGAAAAUGACUACUGCUCUCUUGUGAAGGAACCGGCCCUGGGGAAGCAGCAGGACCCCAGUUGCUACGUAGUCACCUCUGGCAAAUGUGUGGGCCAAGCCUCGGAACUCCAGCCCCCUACCCUUUCCAGGGAGACUGUGCAGCCCGAACCCAUCUAUGCUGAAAGUACGAAGAGGAAGAAGGCAGUUCCGGUGCCUGCGAGGCCCGAGACCAAGGCGGAGCAGGUCACAGCCAGCCACAGCCAGGGCCAAGGAUGCACAAGUGAUUCCCGGGUGCAGAAGGCAUUUUCUGGAUGGAGCCAGGACAGGGAAGGCCCAAACAUGGCUCCUCAGGUGGCAACCACCAUUACCGUCAUUGCUGCCCAUCCAGAAGAGGAUCACAGGACUAUCUAUCUGAGCAGCCCUGACUCUGCAGUGGGGGUCCAGUGGCCACGUGGGCCUUCGAACCAGGACUCACAGGCUGGUGAAGAGGAGCCGUUGGCUGUGCAGGGCCUAAGUUCAAGGGAGGGCCAUUCACAUAAUGUGACUGAAAACACGCCCAAAGAGAAGCCUGCCAUUCCCCCCAAGUUGUCCAAAAGCAGCCCUGGGGGGUCCCCAGUGUCACCAGCAGCCUCCCCUCUGGCUGACCUCAGCGAUGGGAACACUGGCAGCGGCAGCGCUGGACCCCAGCUUUCAUGUAGAGUCCCUACCAACCUACCUUCUUCCUGCCAGACCAAUGGUGUUGUCCCCAGUGAUCCUGCCAAGUGUCCCCCACCAGCCACCUCCUCUUCAGCCUUGGACCAGAGGCGGCCAAGAUACCAGACUGGUGCCUGGAGCCGCCAGUGCAGAAUAGAGGAAGAGGAGGAGGUUGGGCAGGAGUUGUUGAGUCAGAGUUGGGGAAGAGAAGUGGAAAACAGUAGCGCCGACCAUUCAAACUCCUCUACCUGGCACCGUCUGCCUCCCAGUGAUGGCUCGUCUGGGCAGAACAGCAAAACCAGCACUGGGAUGAGCAAAUCGGCUUCCUUUGCUUUUGAGUUCCCCAAGGACCGAGGCAGGAUGGAGGCCUUCUCCCCUCCUCCCCCACCUCCAAAGUCAAGGCACCUGUUAAAAAUGAACAAGAGCAGCUCUGACUUGGAAAAAGUGAGCCAGAGUUCUGCAGAAAGCCUCAGCCCGUCCUUCAGAGCAGCCCACGUCAGCUUCACCACGGGCUCCACAGACAGCCUUGCCUCAGACUCCAGGACCUGCAGCGAUGGAGGUCCACCAUAUGAACCCGCCCACUCACCCACCAUCAGCAGAAAAAAACUCUUUGCUCCAGUCCCUUUCCCAUCAGGCUCCACCGAGGAUGUGUCUCCCAGUGGUCCUGCGCAGCCACCUCCUCUACCCCAGAAAAAGAUAGUGAGCCGUGCGGCUUCUUCCCCUGAUGGCUUCUUCUGGACCCAAGGUUCCCCUAAGCCACGGACAGCAAGUCCCAAGCUGAACCUAAGCCACUCAGAAACCAAUGUCUGUGCCCACGACGAGCCUCCUUUUAGCUAUUCCUUGAACCCUGGGAACCAUUCCCAUCAUGCUUUCUCCUCAUCUGAACCUUUGGAGAAAGCUUUCAAAGGCAGUGCCCCCUGGGCUCCCGCUGUGGGCCUGGCAGGCAGCAAAGGUGGCUGUGGGAGCCCUGGUCUUCAGUGCAGGGCGGCCACCUCCACCUCAUCUUCCCAGCUCAGCGUAUCCAGCCAGGCCUCCUCCGGCAGCACCCAGCUACAGCUUCACAGCCUUCUGAGUAGCAUUAGCAGCAAGGAGGGCACCUAUGCCAAGCUUGGGGGCCUCUACACCCAGUCCCUGGCCCGCCUAGUGACCAAGUGUGAAGACCUCUUCAUGGGUGGCCAGAAAAAGGAACUGCGCUUCAACGAGAAUAACUGGUCACUCUUCAAGCUGACGUGCAACAAGCCUUGUUGUGACUCAGGGGAUGCGAUUUACUACUGUGCCACCUGCUCCGAGGACCCUGGCAGCACCUAUGCUGUGAAAAUCUGCAAAACCCCGGAACCCAAGUCAUCCUCCUACUGCAGCCCGUCUGUGCCAGUGCACUUCAACAUCCAGCAAGACUGCGGCCACUUUGUGGCCUCUGUGCCCUCCAGCAUGCUCGCCUCCCCCGACACAUCCAGCAAGGACCCCGUGCCUGCCGCCCCCUCCCAACCCCCAGCCCAGGAGCAGGACUGUGUGGUGGUCAUCACCCGGGAGGUGCCUCACCAGACGGCCUCCGACUUCGUGAGGGACUCCACGGCCAGCCACCGGUCAGAGCCUGAGGUUUACGAGCGCCGGGUGUGCUUCCUGCUUCUACAGCUCUGCAACGGGCUGGAGCACCUCAAAGAGCACGGUAUCAUCCACCGCGACCUGUGUCUGGAGAACCUGCUACUGGCGCACUGCAACCCUCAGGGCUCCCCGGGGGCCUCCUCCUCUCCCGCCGCGCCCACCACCACAACCACCACCACCACCACCACCACCACCACCACCACCUCCCGGUGCCCUUCUGCCACGCCCACAGCCGCCGCCGCCGCCUGCCAAGGAGGGUCCAGUGAGAAGCACCUGCCCCGGCUCAUCAUCAGCAACUUCCUGAAGGCCAAGCAGAAGCCAGGCGGCACCCCCAACCUGCAGCAGAAGAAGAGCCAGGCCAGGCUGGCCCCCGAGAUCGUGUCUGCCUCCCAGUACCGCAAGUUUGAUGAGUUCCAGGCCGGCAUCCUCAUCUAUGAGCUGCUCCACCAGCCCAACCCGUUCGAGGUGCGAGCCCAGCUGCGGGAACGCGAUUACCGGCGGGAGGACCUACCCCCGCUGCCCACGCUGUCCCUCUACUCUCCCGGCCUGCAGCAGCUGGCCCACCUGUUGCUCGAGGCCGACCCCAUCAAGCGCAUCCGCAUAAGCGAGGCGAAGCGGGUGCUGCAGUGCCUGCUGUGGGGGCCGCGGCGGGAGCUGGUGGAGCAGCCUUGCGCCUCCGAGGAGGUGCUGUGUGGCACUCUGCACAACUGGAUCGACAUGAAGCGGGCCCUGAUGAUGAUGAAGUUUGCCGAGAAGGCGGUAGACCGAAGGCGGGGUGUGGAGCUGGAGGACUGGCUCUGCUGCCAGUACCUGGCCUCGGCAGAGCCGGGGGCCCUCUUGCAGACCCUGAAGCUCCUGCAACUCCUCUGAGCCUCCAGCCAGACAGUUCCGCCGCCGCCUGCCACGCCCACCCUAUACCCUUGGCUUGCCUGCAUCCGGGUUCCCCUGGGAAAUGGUACAAAUGACUGUCAUCGUUGGAUGUAAUAUUUUUAUAUAUACAUAUAUAAUAUAAAUAUGAAAGACUGAAGGUGUCCUUUCACACACGCCAGCCCCCUCUCCUCACACAGCCCCCGUCCCUCCACCGCCCCCGGCCCUGUAAUUAUGUACAAUUCAAGCUUCCUGCAAGGUCCUGAAGACAGUUCGACGGACAGAACAAAGCUUGGACUUCUGCCUCGCUACCCUGUUAUGAAGUCUCCUCGCCCUUUUGUCAAACUGUUAUUUAAAAACAAAAACAAAAACAACCUCCACAAUAAAAAGCAAAAUGUCUUA